AUGAAUUCAGGGCCAGAAAACCGCUAUUCCAAUGCGCAAAAUAACCUAACAGCCUAUUUGGACUUAAAGCCCCAAUUUUCAGUUAGAAUAGUUGUAUGUGAUUCCUAUUUAACAAAGCCUAUGCCAGGUAUUGAUGUUAUGUACUCUGAAUUCAGAGGUACUGAUAUAAAACAGGUACCAGUGCUAAGAAUAUUUGGAUCAGCAUUGGAUGGGCGAAAAGCAUGUCUUCAUGUUCAUGGAGUUUUUCCUUAUUUUUAUAUACCAUGCCCCACUUCAAAUCCAGAACCACAGUUUCUUUAUCAAAUUGCUGUAAGCCUGGAUAAGGCUCUAAAUAUAGCAUUAAAACAGGCAACUUCUGUAAAUCAGCAUGUUUAUAAAAUAACUUUAGUCAAAGGAAUACCUUUUUAUGGAUUUCAUGACAAGGAGCAUCUUUUUUUAAAGAUAUUUUUGUACAAUCCAGGCUUAAUCAAACAAGCAGUUGAACUGUGUAGUAAUGGUGCAAUAUUAGGACAAGUAUUACAACCCCAUGAGUCACAUCUUAACUUUACAUUGCAAUUCUUUAUUGAUUUUAAUCUUUUCGGUAUGAGCAAUAUAGACUUGCACAGUGUUAAAUUUCGGAAGUCAAUUAUUUUACAAGAAAGUGAUGAACCAUUUGAUAGUCCGAAUGAAUUAUCUCUGAAGUCUGAGAGUGUUUGUUAUUAUGAAGCAGACUGUUUUGCGUCGCAUAUCAUUAAUCGAUUGCGAAUGAAUAAAGGGGAUGGUAUUGAAAAUCCAGGUCUUGAAGAAGUUUGGAAUCAAGAAAUUAUGAGAAGGAAACAGUUAAAUGUAUCAAUGGAAUCAAAAACUUUAUCUCAAAACAGAGUUAACAAUGGAACUGAAACACAUCAUAAGUUCAAAAAUGGAUUUAUGGCAAAAGUCUGUAAUUCUGAUGCUGAACAUGAGACAAAUAUAGAUAAUGUACAUUAUCCAGCAGAAAGUCAUGAAGGAUCACAAUUUUUUAAUGCAACAGACUUAACCACACAUUUAGAAGAAUCUAUGAAUUUGAGUAUUAAUAAAAGCUUCAGAAGAGAAAGCUUAACAAUUAUUGAGGCUGAUGAUACUAUUGUUGAUGAGGAUAUUGCCUUAAACAGCAGUUUUUCACUUCAGUACAGCCAAGUCGCAUUGGAUAAUGAAGAUUUAGCCCUAAUCGAUUUAUUACAAGAUAUGGAUAGAAAGGAAACAAUAGAUGAAGAUAGCGUGAUGGGUACACCCCUGAUUGAUAAAACACAAGAGGAAUUUGAUGAUGAUGAGUAUUCCCAAGUUUUCCAUGAUGAAACUAUUCUUUUGGAGUCUAAAUGUGAAGGGCAUUCUCCAAAUUGGAAUGAUUCUUUUUGGGAUGAAGCAACUAUACCACAACUAGAUGGUACCUGUGAUGACAACCAUGUUAAAAAGGUGAGAAAGAGAAAAAAGUUACCACUAAAAUUAGGUUUAUCGAAAUCUAAAAACAAAAAAGAGUUCAAUAUGAAAAAUAAUAAGGAAACCAAAAGUGAAAAUGAGUCUGAAGAAAUAAAUGAAUCAAGAGAAAUAGUUGAUACUGUGUCUGAUAAACAUCUUAAAAGAGUAACGACAGGAGUAACUAUAAAUAAUAAUAUAAAAUGUGAUACUGUAAAAACCAGUAAAGAAAGAGUGUCUCAAACUGAUCAUGAAUCCAUAAGUAGCUUAGUUUCUAAAAUAGAUGCACCUACUUGUUAUGAUUUAACAAAUAAAAUUGUACCAAUUCCUGGUUCUUCAAAAUAUUCGAAAGAUGUUCAAGAUAAUAAAAUGUUUACACCUUUGAGCGACAGUUUUGAGUCAUCACCCGAGAGCAAUGAAAAUGAUAUACAAAGUUUUUACGACCAAUCUAAAAUUUUUAAUUUAUCCACUGAUAGCGAUACAAAGACAAAAGAGAGACAAAAAGAGUCCCUUGGUAACCAUAAUUUUGAAUCUGAAUUUAAACAUGUAAAUAGAUUAAUACUUACUCCCAAAAUCCGCCCUCCUAUUAAGAAACAUAUAGUUUCAAGUGUUAAAAAGUACAAUUUACCCAAGCAAAAGAAUUCAGAGCCAUAUUUUUCCAAUCACAAAGACGUGGGCGAUAAGGUUGAGAUUGGUCAAUGUAUAUUAAAAGUUCAGAGCAGAUUAGCCCAAGAUCAAAAACUAUUUGAAAAAAAAUUCUGCUCUACUACUAUUGAAGAGUGGCGUCAGCUAUUGUUUUUACAGAGAAAUGAUGUGUGCGAAGAGAAUAAAAAAACAGAAUCUUUAAAGCUUUUGUUAGCUGGAAAUAGUAACUGCAUUAUACAGCCAGUAAAAAAACCCCCAACAAAAAGGGAAGUUGAAAAAUGGUGCAAUAAUAAAGUUAAAGAAGAUAGUGUAAGCAAUACUGUUGACAUUAAAGAGAUUACUAUUAAUGUAGAUGAUAUUGAAGCUUCACAAGGAAUUGGUUUAAAAGAAAAUGAUCUUAUAAGUAGUUUGACUUUAGAGGAAAAGAAGCCUAAUUUAGAAAAUUCUUUCCAAGUUACUAUGCAAACAGACGGUUCCUAUCUUUGUUUUGGUAGUACAGAAAGUCAAGUUAUUGACACGAAUACGAAUAUGUCCCCAGUCGAGGUUGAUUUUCUCACUGUGAUGGUAUUGGAAGUACACACAGAAAUAAGAGGGGAGCUAUGCCCAGAUCCAGAGUUCGAUAGUAUUAAAGCCAUUUUUAUAUCUGUGAAAAACGAUUGUCCCGAUAAUCAUUUUUUAGUGAAACACUUACAUCGAAUACUAGUUGUCGAUGAUCAAGAGCCUCCUAAAUAUUUAGAUAGAUGUAUUUUUAUGAAUGAUAGAGAUUUAUUCAAGAUAGAGUAUGUUAAUACCGAAAUUGAGAUUUUAGAUAAAUUAAUUAGUAUUGUUAAGGAAAAUGAUCCAGACAUUAUGUGCGGUUAUGAAAUUGAAAUGAACUCGUGGGGCUAUGUCUUGGAAAGAGCACAACAUCUAGGUGUCGAAAUAGUUCAGCAAAUUUCUCGAAUAACCGAAAAAUACCGUCAAAAAAGAUGGCGACACGACGAUAACGAAAUGGAGGGUAGAAUCAUCGGUCGAAUCACGUUUAAUGUUUGGAAACUGUUUCGAUACGAGCUGGCGCUCUCCAGUUACAGUUUUGAGAAUUGCAUGUAUGAAAUAUUAAAAGAAAGAGUUCCGAAGUAUAGUUUUGCUCACCUAUCAAAUUGGUGGAAUGAUAAGUCCAGAAUUCUGAGGUGGAUCCCUGUUGAAUAUUAUAUGACUAAAUUAUCGGGGACGGUGCGGAUGUUAGAAAAACUUGAUAUCAUAAAUAGAACCUCUGAGUUAGCCAGGUUAUUUGGACUACAAUGGUGGGAGGUGUUAUCGAGAGGAUCGCAAUUUCGCGUUGAAUCGCUCAUGCUGCGGGCUGCGAGGCCUCUUAAUUUAGUCGCAUUAUCGCCGACCAUCAAGCAACGUGCCGCUAUGCGAGCUCCCGAGUGUUUGCCCCUCAUAUUUGAACCAGAAUCUCGGUUCUACGCCGACCCCGUGAUUGUCCUCGACUUCCAGAGCCUAUACCCGUCUAUGAUGAUUGCUUACAACUAUUGCUUCUCCACUUGUAUUGGUCGCAUACAAAAUAUUAACUGCAACACACCUUACGAAUUUGGCGCAUGGCGACUACGAGUAUCGAAAUCAAAAUUGCAAGAAUUAGCUCAAAAAGACUUAAUCAAUUGGUCACCCGUUGGUGUUGGUUUCGUAAAACCGGAUGUUCGUCGAGGGGUGUUACCCUCAUUACUCAGACGGAUAUUGGCUGCAAGACAGGCCGUUAAGAAAGGCAUGAAGUUACAAACGGACGAAAACGUAAAAAAAGCAAUGCAUUCGAGACAAUUAGGUCUUAAAUUAAUUGCGAAUGUGACAUACGGUUAUACGGCUGCUAACUUUAGUGGACGUAUGCCAUGUGUUGAAGUCGGUGAUAGUGUGGUCGCAAAGGGUCGCGAGACUUUAGAACGAGCUAUCAAGCUAGUAAAGAAUGGCUCUUGGAAUGCAAAGGUAAUAUACGGAGACACAGAUUCGAUGUUCGUGCUAGUUCCUGGCGGCAGCCGAGCCGAAGCCUUUGCAAUUGGACAGCAGAUAGCCGAUGCUGUGACCGCGGACAAUCCAUCUCCAGUUGCUCUUAAACUGGAAAAGGUAUAUCAACCGUGCAUACUUCAAACUAAGAAACGAUACGUCGGCUAUAUGUACGAGAGUCUAGAACAGGAGAAACCAAUUUACGAGGCAAAAGGCAUAGAGACAGUCCGUCGAGAUGGUUGUCCAGCGAGUGUCAAGUUACUGCAACGGUCACUGUGCGAGCUAUUUGAAACGGGAGAUGUGUCUCGGGUUAAGCAGCUGGUUUGUAAAGUAUUGUCAAAAUUGGCUGAUGGUUCACUUCCACCGCACGAGUUGUUCUUCACUCGUGAGUUCCACGGGCUUUCUGGAUAUAGGCCAACGGCUGCAGCACCUCCUAAUGAGAUAGCAAAACGCUUGAUAUCACGUGACCGCCGGUCCGCGCCUCGUGUAAGCGAACGAGUGUCCUGGCUGGUAUGUGCUGGUGCCCCUGGUACGCCUCUAGUGAAAUUGGCAAGAACUCCAACUGAAAUACAACGUGAUACUAGUCUAGUCCCGCACGUAUCCUACUACGCGGCGCGGUCCCUUUUACCACCUUUACACCGCUGCCUGUCUUUACUUGGCGUGGACGUCUUUAAGUGGUGGAAUGAAGUAGGAUGGACUCGUGAAGUCCAUUUUGAGCGCGGAGAUGGAGUGGCUGAUGGCAUAGCACGAUAUAUGCAGAGAGGGCGAUGCGCAGUAUGCGGCGCUAAAGGGGCUCGUGCUUUGUGUGCCAGUUGUGUAACUAACACCCGUGUUGCCACUUCUGUUCUCAGGACUAAAAAUCUCCGAACGGAAACACAUAUUUCAAAUUCAUAUCAAGUAUGCUAUUCCUGUUGUGGACAUAAAGAAUUUCUGCAAUGUGAAAAUACUGAAUGCCUUGUUUUAUGGAGGCGAAUUAAGGCACAACAAAAAUAUAAUCAACUACAAGAUGUUAUGUCAAAUCUACCUGAAAUUUUUUAUGAAAAUCAUGUUCAGUUUUAA